ACUCCUUUUGCCCUCUCUAUGCGUCCUCUUCUCAUUCCAUUGUCAAUCCCUCUGUUCCGUCUCUCUCACUCUCUUUCUGUAAACACUACUGUAUAAACCCCUACCACAGUCCACUCACCACCAUCCAAAAGCCGAAAUGCUUCUGUACUUGUUGUCGGGAAUCGUCAGCACGAUCGCCGGCUCAGUUUACCCAGCCUACGCGUCGUACAAGGCCAUCAACUCCCGAAACAAUACUCGCUUGACUGCUUGGCUCAUGUACUGGACUGUCAUGGGUAUCUUCACGCUGGUCGAGUUUGUCCUUGACACGCUCAUAUUCUGGUUUCCGUUUUAUUAUGAGAUCAAGUUGCUCUUUGUGCUCUGGAUGAUCUUACCACAGACACAGGGUUCUAUCUAUCUUUACCAAGCAGUCGUGGACCCGUACCUGUCUCAGCACGAGAAUGACAUCGACAAGGCUCUCCAGGAUAUGAAAAAGAAGGCAAUGGCCAUGGGCAUGCGUUAUGUCAAACAGGCCAUCCAAAUGAUCCAAAACCUGGUACUGGACUUUUACAAAAAGUCGCAAGCUCAGGCUGGCGCAUCCCUAUUCUCAAACAGGGACACGUCCUCGAUCACCGAUCGUUCCGCCGCCAGUAGCAGCCUUCACGGUAGCGAGCCGUAUCCAGAGUCGUCAACUCCAGAGGAGACUAUUGGCCAUGUUCCAUCUCACGCUUCUGUUCAAGGAUACCUCUCUUGGGCCUACCACGCCCUGUCACCGAAGUUGGCUGCUGUGGCCACCAUGGCUUCCGAGACAGCAGGCCGUCAGAUCCCGUCCCGUCCACUUCCAGUACCGCCUGUGAACCUGUACGAGGCCAAGACUCCGUCUGCAGGCUCUACCUCCUCGAGGGAAUCUUCCACAACUGGGCACAGCGACAACGUUUUCGGAAUCAGCUCUGCUGCCUCGAUCUCUGCAGCUGACAAGGCAGAGUUGGAGCGACUAUCAUCCCGACUGAAUAGAGCUGCAGAAUCCACCGGUAUUGCUGAGCGUCCUGGUGUAUUGCGUAAUCGGAAAAUCUCGUUGUAUGAGGACGAGAUCGUCGAAGAGAGACCAUCGUCCGUGAGCCAUUCGGCGCAUGGCUCGGAGAGCAGUUGGAGUAGCUAUGCUGGACUGAAUGGUCCUGCUCCUUCGUACACUUCUCCCUCUCGCGAAUAUUAAACAAAAAUGAAUAAACCAUGAUUACUUGACC